AUGGAUGGAAUGGAUCCGAAUGCCCGAAUAGUUUUUUCCCCCUUGGGAAAACCUCUUUCAUUUUAUGUUAUUCAUCAUACUUAUCAACCUCCAAAUUGUUAUGCUGAUGAUGAAUGUAUUCAACGAGUGCAAGCUAUUCAAGAUUUACAUCAAAAUGGUCAAGGAUGGGUAGAUAUUGGUUAUCAUUUUCUAGUUGGUGAAAAUGGAAAAGUUUAUGAAGGAAAAGGAUGGAAUUGUCAAGCUGCUCAUUCAUCAGGAUGGAAUAAUGAUGCAUAUGGUACUUAUUUUUAUCUAUUAUUUGGAUAA